UUUCGACAAAGCCCCGUCGAGUUUUGACCAAUCUGAGAUUGAGUUUGUCUUCCCAUUAUACUUAGUCGCUUUUCUUACUCCGUUCACUAUUUCGUCCACCAUUCUCCACCUUUUUGAUGGGAAGCCCUAGCGCCGCUGUGAAAGAUGAUUCCGCCACCGAGACGGAUCCUACAACACGACGGGACUCUGACUCUGAUACAGAGUCCAACACCGAUUGCGACGGAGGCGACUUGCCUCCUCCUACUCCUCUUACUUCGGAGUUGAGCCAAUUUGAAGAAGGCGAGAUCAUUUUAGCCAAGCACAGUGAUUGCUUCUACGAAGCCAAGAUUCUCAAAGUUGCAUAUCAAGAUAAUGAAUGGAAGUAUUUGGUGCAUUACAUUGGUUGGAAUAAAAGUUGGGAUGAAUGGAUAGGUUUCGAUUGUGUGUUGAAACAUACAGAGGAGAAUAUUGAGAAACAGCGGAAACUCGGAAUGAAGCAAGGAGUUAAGAGUUCCAUGGCUUGGAAAGUAUCAAAGAUGAAACCUAGAAGCCCUAAUGUUGCUAGAGGAAGAAAGCGGAAGCAAGAUUCUGUUGAUACAGUAAUCUCUCCAUUGGAGAAGAAUGUGGUUCCCUCCGACAACGUUUUAACUUUCCAUAUCCCACCAGCGUUAAGGAAGCAACUAACUGACGAUUGUGAAUUUGUUACUCAGAUGCAGAAGCUUGUGCAACUUCCGCGCUCUCCAAAUGUGGAUGGCAUCUUGAAGAAGUAUAUUGACAGCAAAAUGAAGAAACCUGGCAGGGUAACUGAUUCAGUAGAGGAAAUUCUGAAAGGCUUACGUUGCUACUUUGACAAUGCUUUACCGGUGAUGUUACUUUACAACAAUGAACGGAAGCAAUAUGAGGAAACCAUAUCAGCGGGUGUUUCUCCCUCAACUGUGUACGGAGCAGAGCAUUUGUUACGUCUCUUUGUGAAAUUGCCGGAGUUGCUUGUCCAUGUGAAAAUGGCAGAAGAGACAUUGAAAGAAUUGCAGGACAAUUUCGUUGAUAUUCUCAGGUUUUUGAGGAAAAAUCAGAGUUCGUUAUUUGUAUCAGCAUACAAAGCAGUGGAAGAAAUGGAGAAGAAAGAAGAUUAGGAUCCCAUUUCUAUAUGAUGAUGUGUUAUUGUUGUAAGUAUGUGUAGUGAAUAUACACUCUGUGUGUAGCAUGUAAUGUGAUGAGAGCUAAUUAUUUAAGUCUAAGUGUAGGGUUCGGUCUGGGUUAUGAUAAUGAUUAACAUCGUUAUCACAAUAGCAGAAUAACUUCUAUUAAUUUUUAAAUUUGUUGUAGAGUGACUUAUCGUUUCUAAUUGUUUAUAAUCACAAUAGCAUCUCAAUUUUAUA